AUGAGUUGCUUCCCAUGUUUUCAAAAUAAGGAAGAAGAGAGCAGCAAAAAUAAUGAAGAGGUUCCGAUUGCUCGGCCUAAUAAUUUUACUCCACCACCUCCGGUAAGUAUUAACAAUAGUUAUAAGGAUCCAUCUACUCACACCAAUAAUGCAGCUGGAGGUGAAAAUCAGUCGGCAAAAGCUUACACCUUCCGUGAGCUUGCCAUGGCAACGAAGAAUUUCCGUCAAGAUCUAUUAAGUGAAGGUGGAUUUGGCAGAGUAUUCAAAGGGACACUUUCACCAAGUGGGCAGAUUGUUGCUAUCAGGCAACUGGAUAGGAAUGGAAUGCAGGCGAGUCAGGAUUUCGCAACUGAAGUCUCGAAUUUGAGUCUCCUUCAACACCCAAAUCUCGUUAAGAUACUUGGAUACUGUGCUGAUGGGGAUCAAAGAAUCUUGGUGUACGAAUACUUGCCAUCUGGUGCUUUGAUGAACCAUCUAUUUGACCUUCCAGUGGGGGCAAAGCCAUUAGAUUGGUCUGCAAGAAUGAAAAUUGCGUUGGGUAUUGCCGAAGGACUCGAGUACCUGCAUGAGAAGGUCAAUCCCCCGAUCAUAUAUCGAGAUCUGAAAUCGUCAAACAUCUUAGUGGGUGAGGCCAAUGGCCCGAAACUCUCGGAAUAUGGGCUGGCCAAGCUCGUUCAGACUGGCGGCAGCAAGAUGGCGGGGUACGGGUAUUCUGCACCGGAAUACGAAAGGCAAGGGGAGUUGACGUUGAAAUCCGACGUGUAUAGUUUUGGCGUGGUCUUGUUAGAGCUUAUCACGGGACGUCGAGCCAUGGACACCUCACGGCCUGCGGACGAGCAAAAUUUAGUUAGUUGGGCCCAGCCCAUAUUUCGAGACCCAUCCAAGUUCCCGGACAUGGCUGACUCUCUCCUUCGAAAGCAGUUUCCGGUGACUAGCCUGAACCAGGCGGUCGGUGUUGCCGCCAUGUGUCUCCAAGACGAGCCCUCUGCUCGGCCUCUCAUCAGCGACAUCUCGGCUGCUCUCGGUUUUCUGGCUAUGGCCCCACCCGAAGCCCCCAUCCCGGCCCGACUCGUUCCUAUUCUCUCCUCCCGAGUCGAAACCUUGAAAUACACCUCCUUCAGAGACUCCUCCUUCUCCUCCCCCGACACCUCGGGUGACGAUAAUAUCAAAAACUACAGCAAAAACAGUAAAAGUAUGGAUAAAAGCAGAAAACACGAGCGCAAAUCGAGCUCCGACUUCGAGUACGGCACCAAUGAUGAGUCGGAUAGCUCGGAUGACGAGAAGAGGACGAAAAAGCGCGAGUCGGGCUUGAAGAGCAAGAGCAAGAAAACAAGCCGUUCGAGCUCAAACAGCAGCAGCAGUAGCCUCAGCUCGAGGAGCUCCAGGGAUUACAGCAUCGGCUUCAGCCUGAGGUGUGAUAGCGCUUUUCCCGAGAGGAGUGAUUCUUCUGUAUCGGGACACGAUGCGAUUGUCGAGCGUGAUGAUGAGUAUAGCUCGUCGAGUAGCGAUGAGUCGGGUGAUGAUGAAAGUGAAAUGGUUCGUUUGAACUCGAGAGGCUCAGAUAGGCACAGGAUUGAGUUUGAAGAAGACGAAAGCUAA